GUUGUUCGCUUCCCUCAACAAGAAGUUUCCGGUGAAAGAUCUGGGGGAGUGUACCUGGUACGACGGGUGUGCUAUCGUCAUGGAUGUAGAAAAUGGCAUCACCAAGCUGUCCCAGACAGCAUACAUUGAGAGUAUGCUGAAGCGGUUUGAUGUGACCACGACCGCUUUCACCCCUGCUGCCACCGAUGCCGACCUGGGGCCGAAGAGAGAUGACGAGCCCGCGGUGGAUAAGCCUGUGAGGGAGGCGAUCGGAUGCCUGAUGUGGACGAAGCUGACGAGGCCAGACAUCGCCCUGCCUCUGAACAAGCUCCAGAAGAUCGCCCACUCACCCACCGGGAGGAUAUGGAACGCGCUUGUGCGGAUCAUGUCCUACCUGAACUUCACGAAGGACUUCGGCAUCACCUACGUACGGGGGUCAGGACUAGACCUAAGCGUGUUUGUCGAUGCCAGCUACGCUGACAACGAAGUAGACAGGCGUUCUACGACCGGGCUAGCUGGCGUGAAGGAGGCGUUGUUUGUGCGUGGCGUUCUGUCGUUCAUAGCGCCCGAGACGAGUGGGGCGAAGAUCAAGGUCCUUGAGGACAACAAGGGGGCUCUCGCCUUAAUCGAGAACCCGUUCAGCUCAGCGAGGAGCAAGCACAUCGACGUGCGGUUCCAUUUCAUUCGCGAGCUAUUCAAGUCGGGCAAGAUCACUGCAGAGUAUGUUCCGACUGGAGAGCAGCACGCCGACAUGCUGACCAAGGUCCUUGGCAGAGAGAAACACCGGAUACGCCUGCGUGUCGUCUCGAGCCUGGGGGGCAACCUCUCUUCUUCUCUUGCCCACCCCUCCCCCCUUUCUCCCGUCCCCGUGACGAUCGGCGACAUCAACAUGACGAUCGACUACAUCGAGCCAGUGGACCCGCGCCGCCUCGCCCAGGCGAAGACUUUUGCUGAUGGCGCCCUGUUCUCGGAUUGGGAGGCCGUCGCAUGCCCCGUGGACCCUGCUACAGGCCUGCGGGAGCUCGACCUCUCUCGGGUGGUGUGUAUGGCGGACUCCAGGACUUGCGAAGGCCUGCGUCAAUUUGACUUGCCGGGCUUGUUCUCCGGCAUGAUCAGCGACCAGACAACGCCGGGGAAGCGGGACCUUCUCCUGGGCGUGAUGGGCACGGAGAUGCAAGCCGGCAAGGAGGCCGCAAAGUCGCCCGCGGAAAUUCCUCUCCAGACCAAGCGCGCGCUGCUGGAUGCCACGGCGAAGUACCUCUUCACCUGCCCUUCUCACGCGGGGAUGAUGCACACUGACGAUCUUGUGAUUUUGCCCGUCUUCAUCUUGGACCCCCCAGCACCCUCAUCAGCGCCAGCGCCAGCACGGCGCACCGGAGAGGAGGACGAGACUCGGUCACAGGUUGCGUUUAGCGUGGUAUCGAGCACCAACGUACGGGGACAGUGGAGCCAGAGCCGGACCUCGCCUCUCUCCUUCAGGCGAUCGAGGAAGAAGGACAGCAGCAGCCGGAGGCGGCAAGCAACAAAGCGCCAGCAAAUAAGAAAUUGCUGACCAGUGUCUCCAUUGGCACUCAG